GCAAACAACAUGGCGAAAGCCAGGGAAAAGAGUGGCGGCAGCGGGAAGAAAAGCUUGAAAAGGAAAGCCGCUAUGGAAGAGCCUCAAGAGGAUGCAGUACCUGGAGACGGGGCGAUAGAAGGCGGGGUCCAACCCCCGAAAGCCACUGCCUUCCCCCCCGGCUUCAGCAUUUCGGAGAUUAAGAACAAGCAGCGGCGACACUUAAUGUUCACGCGGUGGAAACAGCAGCAGCGGAAGGAAAAGUUGGCUGCUAAGAAAAAACUUAAAAAAGAGAGAGAAGCUCUUGGUGAUAAGGCUCCACCAAAACCUGUACCCAAGACCAUUGACAACCAACGAGUCUAUGAUGAAACUACAGUAGACCCUAAUGAUGAAGAGGUUGCUUAUGAUGAAGCUACUGAUGAAUUUGCUCCUUACUUCAACAGAGAAACUUCUCCCAAGAUUCUCAUCACAACAUCAGAUAGACCUCAUGGGAGAACAGUAAGACUCUGUCACCAGCUCUCAACGGUUAUACCCAACUCCCAUGUUUACUACAGAAGAGGACUGGCUCUGAAAAAGAUUAUUCCACAGUGCAUCUCAAGAGACUUCACAGAUCUAAUCGUGAUUCAUGAAGAUCGUAAGAUACCAAAUGGACUUAUUUUGAGUCACUUGCCAAAUGGCCCAACUGCUCAUUUUAAAAUGAGCAGUGUUCGUCUUCGAAAAGAAAUUAAGAGAAGGGGCAAGGACCCCACAGAACAUGUACCCGAAAUAAUUCUGAAUAAUUUUACAACAAGGCUGGGUCAUUCAAUUGGACGUAUGUUUGCUUCUCUCUUUCCCCAUAAUCCUCAAUUUAUUGGAAGACAGGUUGCCACAUUCCACAAUCAGCGCGAUUACAUUUUCUUCAGAUUUCAUAGAUACAUAUUCAAGAGUGAAAAGAAAGUAGGAAUUCAGGAACUUGGACCACGUUUUACCUUAAAAUUAAGAUCUCUUCAGAAAGGAACAUUUGAUUCUAAAUAUGGCGAGUAUGAAUGGGUCCAUAAGCCCCGGGAAAUGGAUACAAGCCGAAGAAAAUUCCAUUUAUGAAGUACUGUAGCAAUCAAUAGUACUGGAUUUUGUUGAACAGGCCUAUCUUGAACUUGGUAAAUUCUUUGUGAGAGAACACCCCUCUCAAAAUGGCAUUUAGUGACUUAUUGAACUUUCUUUCAUAUCUGAACAGAUGUCCCAAGUGCCAUGAAUUGCUACUCUGUAUGUAUUAAAUACAAAUAAAAGUGUUAAGAGCUUAGAAGUUUUGAGUUAGGUUUCACCAUUUGUUUUAUUUGGGGGUAGUUUUGGAAUCAAGUCUCAGAUUAAUUUUCCUGUUUGCAUUUUCAGAAUAUAUGGGCUGAGAGAUAUAACAGGAAUGAGAUACCAUGUAACCUCUGAUUUAAUAAAUUCAUGUUACACCCUAAGAGUCUAGCACACAAUUUAACUAAAAUUGAGGCCAGAUUUCCUUAAGCUUUUCAGAAGGGUCAAAGUUUAAAGCAAAAUGUUUUAUUGGGACUUAAAGCAAAGAUCCAGAUUCCUGAAGCUAAAGUUUGCCUUUUCUUGCUCCUAUUUACCUAAUUGCAUGGCAUUAUAAUACAUUCCACUCAGGCUGGCCUUGAACUCACUAUGUAGCCCAGCUUAGCCGAAUUGGCAGCAAUCCUCUUGC